AUGGAUUUCCAGAACCGCGCAGGCUCGAAAUUCGGAGGCGGUGGCGUAGCCUCCCAAUCCGCCACAAACGCCGACCGUCGCGAGCGUCUACGCAAGCUCGCCCUCGAGACAAUCGACCUAGACAAGGACCCGUACUUUUUCAAGAACCACGUCGGCUCGUUCGAGUGCCGCCUCUGUCUCACAGUCCACCAGAACGACGGAUCAUACCUCGCCCACACACAAGGCAAGAAACAUCAGACCAACCUCGCUCGCCGCGCGGCCAAGGAAGAAAAGGAGGGCAGGGCGCGCGAAAAUGGCGGCAUCGACCCGGCGACGGGCCUCCCCGUCGGCGUAGCGCAGGUGCGGAGGAACCUCGUCAAGAUCGGGCGGCCGGGGUACAAGAUCACCAAGAUUCGCGAUCCGCACACACGGCAGCAGGGCUUGCUCUUCCAGCUGCAGUACCCCGAUGCGGCGCCCGGCGCCCCCGCGCCCAAGUGGCAGGUCAUGAAUGCGUUCACACAGCACGUCGAGGAGCCGGAUCGGAACUACCAGUACCUCCUCGUCGCGGCGGAGCCGUACGAGACGGUCGGUUUCAAGAUACCCGCCAGGGAGCUGGACAAGAGGGAAGAUCGACAGUUUGACUAUUGGGAUGCGGACGCGAAGGAGUACUGGCUCCAGGUCAUGUUCAUGACGGAGAGAGAGGAGAGGUACAAUGCUGCGCCUGGGUUGGGCGGCAGAACGUGA